AUGUGCUUCCGUCAGUACAAUCUCCCAGGCUUUCGCAUCAGCGGAAAACCGGUGCUGCCAUACAAUCACGGAACGACGGAGAAGCGACUGGUCGAACGGCAUGCCUCCGUAGCAAGCGCGGAUGCGCAUAGAUUCCAUCAUAGUUUGCCUUGUUUGCUCCUCUGCAGCCUUCGACUCCGCCUCCAGUUGGGUCUCAAUCUCUUCACUUCCUUCACGUUCUGGAGCACCUGUAGCAUGUCGUGUAUUUUCACGGUUGACGACCACGGCAGCCGGAGCCGGCGGCAUUGUCCCAUCCGUGUCCUCCCCCUCCUCCGCCGUCCCCACAUCUCGAACCCUACACGCCGCGAUCUCCUGCACGACCAGCAAGACGGCCUUGACAUCAUCAAACGUCGGGGCAAAACCCUUCGAUGA